GACGUCAACGUCCUUUGCGGUUUUCUCCGCCGGCCCAAGUGGCGAGACGACCACCAUUUGCGCGCAGAGGGGGAGAGAGAGAGAGCGUGGGAGAAAGAAUGGAGGGGCAGGUGAGAGCAGGGCUGCUGUCAACAAUUGUUUCCCAAAUCGCCCUCGUCGUCGUUCUCCUCCUCUCCUCCGACGACCUCCCCUUCUCCUUCUCCCAUCGCCACCACCACCGCUCCUCCUCCAUAUUCUCUCUCUUCCUCCACCUCCUCACCUCCUCUGAGGUCGCCGCCUCCGUCUCCCUCCUCUCUGAUUCCCCUCCUCCUCGGAAACGCCGACGGCUCGAUUUCGACGACGGCGGCGAUGAUGACCAAGACCACGGGGAGAGAAUCUCCACCACCAUUCCGUCAUCUGGCUUGCCGGAAUCUUCCACCUACAAGGCGUGCUUCCGUAUGAGGCCGUCCACCUUCGAGUGGCUUUCCGGCACCCUAGAGCCCCUUCUCGACUGCCGCGAUCCCGUUGGCGCCGGCCUCAACCUCUCUCCUGGCACCCGCCUUGGAGUCGCCCUAUUCCGCCUCGCCACUGGUUCAACUUACGCCGACGUCUCUCGCCGCUUCGGUGUCGCGGAGACCGCCGCGAGGUUCUGCACGAAGCAACUCUGCCGGGUCCUCUGCACUAAUUUCCGCUUCUGGGCUGCGUUUCCUCCGUCGGCACAGCUCGAGUCCGUCAUUGCCGGUUUCCACGCGCGCUCGGGCCUUCCUAAUUGCUCGGGUGCCGUGGAUUGUACACGAUUCUCCGUCCUUCGCCCCCCCUGCGACUCUUCGGAGGAGGCUGACAGCGUGGUAGCACAGAUCGUUGUUGACUCUUCAUCCAGGAUCCUCAGCAUCGCUACCGGUUUCAGCGGCGACAAAGGGGAUGCUAGGGUUUUGAGAUCAUCCACUCUCUAUAAGGAUGUUGAGGAGGGCGUCCUCCUGAAUUCACCUACAAUCUUCCUUAAAAGCGUCACCGUCAGGCCAUACAUUGUCGGGGACGGCGGGUACCCGCUUUUGCCCUGGCUGAUGGUGCCGUAUAUCGACCCUGCUCCGGCCUCUUGUGAGGAGCACUUCAACGAAUUGCAUUACCGGAUGCGCUUGCCGGCGCUCCGGACGAUCGCGAGCCUCCGGAAUUGGGGCAUUCUGAGCCGGCCGAUAGACGAGGAGAUGAGAAUGAGCGUGGCCUGUAUUGGCGCAUGCGCCAUCCUUCACAAUGUGUUGUUGAUGAGAGAGGAUUACUCUGCAUUGUCGGAUGGCGUUGAGGACUACGCGAUUCAUGACCAGAGUUCUCAGUACUAUAGGGACGCUAGUUUGGAGGAGUGUUUGAUUGAGAAGAAAGCCUCAAUUGUGAGGAAUGCACUAGCUGCAAAGGCCAGAGAAGCGAACGCUGGCCAUUAAACUGUAAAUAAAUAAACAUCGUCAUGGCAUUAUGUCUUGGAUGGUACACAUGAGAUGCAAAAUGUGCACGAAGAAUGACAGGACUAUUUGCAUAAUGAGGAACAUGUUAGCUGAGUUUCUGAUCCUGCCAUGAAAAUUUUCGAGCAAGUUGGAGUGGAAGAGCCAAAGUGGCCGAUCUCUACCCUGUAUGUAGAUGAUCUAAUACAAGUCUUGCUGAUUGGUGGUUAGCAAGGGGGAUGAGCGAUCCAAGAUCUUAUAAACUUCGCAAAUACAAUUACUCUCGGCAGAGUUAUCUUCCUGCUGCCAUUCUUUGUAAAUGUUUACGUAGAAGAUUUACUAUUUCUUAUUGGAAAAUGAAGCAGGACGGGCUUCCUUGCAUUACUAUGAACUGCUGCAUUAUGUUGCAACUGGAGCUUGUAGAUGCUGUGCACGUGAUUGCGUGAGGCAGCAAUAGGAAAAGAUUUUUAGUGAAUCGUCGGAUACUGCACCUUUUUAAAGUUUGACGGUGCUAUAGUAUACAGGUAUAAUAUCUUGUAAUCAGUGUUUGUCGAUGCCCGAUGGUGUUGUUUCGUUGUUCCCUCAGACUAAAGCAGAAUUAGAUAUAAUGAUGUGUUUGCAGUUUUUGUAUUAGAUAUGCUUCACAAUGGAUCAACCAAUUCCAAUUUAA